AUGUCCGAUCUGCACGGCCUCCUCGUCGCCCUCAUCACCCCCUUCACAGACGACAAGAAACACAUUGAUGCAGCCCGUCUAAAAAUACACAUCGACCGCCUCAUCGCAGCCGGCAUCCACGGACUCGUUCCCGGCGGCAGCACCGGCGAGUUCACUACCAUGACGACCGCAGAGCGCAAGGAGCUCACGGAGCUAUGCAUCAAGUUCGCCGCCAACCGCGUCCCAGUCGUCGUCGGGACAGGAAGUACCUCCACAGCUGAGGCCCUCGAGCUAGCGACACACGCAGCCUCCACUGGCGCCGCAGCGCUGAUGGUCGUGCCACCGUUCUACGACCCCGUCAAUCUGGAGCAGUUGACUGAGCUCAUGGCGGAGAUUCAUAGCGCUUCGGGCCUGCCUAUCAUGUACUACAAUAUUCCUAGCGCGUCAGGUCUGACGCUCACUCCCAGCGAGAUUGCGGGAUUGUCCAAGGUGGGCGUCAAGUAUCUGAAAGACACGUCGGGGAACGCCCCCGCCUUCACUGAGUUGGUCUUUGGACUUUCGGAUAAGAUAACCGCAUUCAAUGGCUGGGAUACACUGACCUUCUACGGUCUUGCGGCCGGUUGUCCCGGCGGGGUGUGGGGAGCGGCCAAUUUCAUUCCCGAACUGGCGGUCGAGCUAUACGAGACUGUUUCGGUGAAGGGAGACUUGAAGCGAGGACGUGAGCUGUGGACGAAGAUCUGGCCCAUCUGCAAGUUUUUGGAAUCGCAUAACUAUGCUGCUGCUGUCAAGGCUGGGGUGGAGCUGACUGGACAAGCCACAGGGGGCCUCAGAAAGCCUUUCAAGUCACUUGGCCCUGAAUUGCAGGCAGAGCUGAAGCAGUUGCUGAUUGACGCGGGGGUACGCACAGUAUAA